AUGCGUUUCUUCCAGGCCCUUGUCGCUCUGCCUCUUAUCGUAGGCGCCGUUGCCAGCCCUCUCGAGACGCGCGCUACACUCGAAAACUGCUCUGGUGAGAGAGCGCAAAUUAUCAACAACGCACUCGCCCAGGCUGCAAAGAUGGCCCAAGCCGGCGCCAACCUCAUCCGCAGCGAAUCCGACUACUCAUACAACCUCUUCCAGAGCUUCUUCAAGACCAAUAACGCCCAGUCCCGCAACCGCGUAGCGGGUGUCUUGGACAAGAUUGCCACAGAGGCCACGAGCUGGAACCAGGGUGUUGUGAGCUACUACUGCACUCCGGAUGGCAUCAACUGCGUUGACAACCACUCUUUCACCAUGACUGCCUACGGCGAGACAGACGGAACCUACGGAAGAAUCCGGACCUGCCCUGCGUACUUCACCAAGUUCCCUGCCUGGUCGAACACCUGCGAUGUUCUGGAUCAGGCUACCUCUAGCUUGCACGAGAUGUCUCAUACCAAGGGCAUCUUCGGUCCUGAGACGUAUGGCUAUGAUGCAGUGCAUGGUUUGAGCUCUUCUUCCGCUCUUGAAAAUGCUGAGAGCUAUGCUUUCUUCUCCAAAUCGGCUUUCCUCAACUGCGAUAUCACCUACUAA